AUGUCUCUUCUCCGAGGCCUUUCAAAUGUUCCUUCCCAGGACCCGAGGUUCCUCCGGCCCUGCCCAACAAGACCGGAGGUUCCUCCGGCACUGCCCAACAAGACCCGAGGUUCCUCCGGCCCUGCCCAACAAGACCCGAGGUUCCUCCGGCACUGCCCAACAAGACCCGAGGUUCCUCCGACCCUGCCCAACAAGACCCGAGGUUCCUCCGGCCCUGCCCAACAAGACCGGAGGUUCCUCCGGCACUGCCCAACAAGACCGGAGGUUCCUCCGGCACUGCCCAACAAGACCGGAGGUUCCUCCGGCACUGCCCAACAAGACCGGAGGUUCCUCCGGCCCUGCCCAACAAGACCGGAGGUUCCUCCGGCACUGCCCAACAAGACCGGAGGUUCCUCCGGCCCUGCCCAACAAGACCGGAGGUUCCUCCGGCACUGCCCAACAAGACCCGAGGUUCCUCCGGCACUGCCCAACAAGACCCGAGGUUCCUCCGGCACUGCCCAACAAGACCGGAGGUUCCUCCGGCACUGCCCAACAAGACCGGAGGUUCCUCCGGCACUGCCCAACAAGACCCGAGGUUCCUCCGGCCCUGCCCAACAAGACCGGAGGUUCCUCCGGCCCUGCCCAACAAGACCGGAGGUUCCUCCGGCACUGCCCAACAAGACCGGAGGUUCCUCCGGCACUGCCCAACAAGACCGGAGGUUCCUCCGGCACUGCCCAACAAGACCCGAGGUUCCUCCGGCCCUGCCCAACAAGACCCGAGGUUCCUCCGGCACUGCCCAACAAGACCGGAGGUUCCUCCGGCACUGCCCAACAAGACCCGAGGUUCCUCCGGCACUGCCCAACAAGACCGGAGGUUCCUCCGGCACUGCCCAACAAGACCCGAGGUUCCUCCGGCACUGCCCAACAAGACCCGAGGUUCCUCCGGCACUGCCCAACAAGACCGGAGGUUCCUCCGGCACUGCCCAACAAGACCCGAGGUUCCUCCGGCACUGCCCAACAAGACCGGAGGUUCCUCCGGCACUGCCCAACAAGACCCGAGGUUCCUCCGGCACUGCCCAACAAGACCCGAGGUUCCUCCGGCCCUGCCCAACAAGACCCGAGGUUCCUCCGACCCUGCCCAACAAGACCCGAGGUUCCUCCGGCACUGCCCAACAAGACCCGAGGUUCCUCCGGCACUGCCCAACAAGACCCGAGGUUCCUCCGGCCCUGCCCAACAAGACCCGAGGUUCCUCCGGCACUGCCCAACAAGACCCGAGGUUCCUCCGACCCUGCCCAACAAGACCCGAGGUUCCUCCGGCACUGCCCAACAAGACCCAAGGUUCCUCCGACCCUGCCCAACAAGACCCGAGGUUCCUCCGGCACUGCCCAACAAGACCCAAGGUUCCUCCGGCACUGCCCAAGUCAUUGUACGGUAAAAUGUGA